AUGGCCGUGAAAACGUUCUACUGUCAGGCAGACUGCCAGAGUGCUGACUGGGCUCACCACAAAGCGACAUGCACAAAGCUGCGAUCGCGCAGGACGCUGCGCCAGGCUGCGAAUGUGCUGCAGAUGUCGUUUUGGCGCAUCCGCCGGCAAGCAUAUCCCGUGGCUAUCAACAAGGUGGAUGUAGUGGCCGACUCAACAGACGUCACCAUUCACGCGGACCACACAGACAGCAAAGGCGCAGCUACCUCGCUGCACACCCUGUCUAUUGACCUCUUUAAGGGAGACAAGGAGCUUGAGAAAGCAAUUCUCUCGCAUGCGGCUGCUGCCGACGCCGUUGUUUGUCUUCACGAGAUGGCUAGAGAGCUUUUUUCCAGUGAGUUGGAGGAGGUAAGCAGAGUUCAGAGCAGGGAAGAAGCCGCUAAUCAGACAGGCCUCUGCUGGUCCCUCGAGGAGGUGACAGUUUUUCCUACCACCGACAAACUGAAAGUCUCCACGACUGGCCAUCCUAGCCCGCAUGUUUUCUAUCCCGAGACAAAAGCCAACGAGCAGCAGCUGUCGCUACACUUUCUAUACCGGCUAACGUUAAAAACCGACAAAACCGUGUGGGCUGUCGAUGUUACCGGUGCCCAGCACGGGUUUCCGGACGCGCUAUGUCCCUGGCCAACGUAUGCACGUGAUCACUGCAAUACCGUCGAUAGAAAGACAGUCCAAGAAGCGCAUGAAGUCGGAUACCUCUGGAACGAGUGGAAGAACGGGCCAGAGUCUGAGAAAUGGAUUGGCGAAGCACUUAUGGCCGAAGUUCACAAGAGUCUCUGCGAAACAGCAGCAGCCCUUGGAGGCGAACUCGGCCGACUAGGCAAACCAGGCAUUCAGAAAGAGCGACUUGUGGCACUUGACAGACUUGAAGCAGCUGCUGGCCGGGCUAUGAUGUCUGUGAAAGAGCAUGGCUACAGGAUGGGAGUGAUAGGAGAGGUUACCGAGAAUUGUGGGGUGCAUGACGGUGACAGCGAGGAAAUCGGAGAAGAGGAGAAGGACGAGAAGGAAGAUGAGGGUGGGAUCAAACGUGAAACGUCAGUUCAGGAUUCUGCUCGCCUUGGCCGCAUCACCCAGCUGGAAGCAUCUCUAGAUGCGGCCGCCAGCAGCAUGCGCAUCGUUGCCACGCCGCUGGCUUGUCUACGAGAAGCACACGAGCUUCUGCGUUGUUGGAGGACGAUACGAAUGACAAGAACGACGAUAUCGAUACAGCUAUCAACUACAACACUCCCCUCUCCCUCCUCCCUUACCUCCACGCCUUCCAGGUUGCCGUGGCCAACAGCGACGAAGCGCGUGCCCAUGUUUUUGCACAGCGUGCCCGCAUGCACGACUGCGCUACCCGGCCUGCAGACCAUCCGCUUUACGGUCGCACCCAUGCAUGGCGCCAGAGUCUUGCUGGCAUUCCCAUCGGCCUCGGCCCAGACGAUUUUGAGGCUUGGCUGUGGCGAGAGGAUAAGGCUGCCAGCUUUUGUGGGACAAAGAAUGGAAGGACUGCUGCGUGUUUAG